AUGCUUGAUGUGUGUAAGGUGUUGGGAAUUCAAAAGAGACAGACUGUUAGUUACAACCCGCAGGGAAAUGGGGUGGUUGAAAAGCUAAAUGCUACGUUAAUAAAUAACCUUUCUCAUUUAGUGGAGAAAAAUCAGGCGGACUGGUGUCAGUGUCUUCCACUUGCACUUUUUGCUCACAGAACAAGUAGACACGGUGCACUUUCAGAUAGUCCGGCAUUUGUAACCUAUGGUCGGGAUUUGAGAACUCCGUCGGAUCUGUUGUUAAAUUCACCGAUUAGGUCCUAUUCCGAUGUUCAGACGUACUCGCAGGUUCUAAGUAAUAGAUUGCAUUCUGUGUAUGCUAAUAUUAAGGAAAAUUUAGAAAAUGCUGCCAAAAGGCAGGAGGAGACAUCAAAUGCAAGGGAUUCUUUUAAGAAUAUAGCUGUAGGAAAUUUAGUGUACCUACACUCCGAGGUAAUUCCGGUGGGGCUUUCAAAGAAAUUGGUAAAACAGAAUGUGGGACCUUACCGCGUUAUUGCUCAGAAGUCUCCUGUUUUAUUUGAAAUUGCCCAAAUGGACAAUGUAAAGAAAAUCCAAACUGUGCACAUGAACCGACUCAUUCCAUAUGCAGGUCGUAAUAGUUAUGACACGACAGCAUCCUUAGUGGUAGAUGCUAAUCAAAAUCUGGUUGAAAGGAUGAGUCCGGUCAUGUCUGACAAAUCAAUUAUAGUGUCCAAGCAUACUGUACAAGCUGGAUCCUCAGUAGACUUGUUUCAUCCAAUUUGGUCAGAUGGUAAUUAUGCUCCACCUUCAUCGCAGACUGUUGUAAACUAUCAGACUGGUGAGAGUCAAAUAGAGGAUGACCUAGAUGUAGGAGCAAAUGUAGAGGUAUCAGCCUCUUCCGAUUAA